GCGAUAACUCUGAUGGGCUGGUAAUAGGAAGUAUUAAUUUAUUUCGAUUAUUGUACCAGGUUUCAGUGUAUUUAUCACAGAGUAAUUUCUUUACAAUUUUCUUAAAUCUAUACUGACUAAAAUCUCUUAACGGAUAUCCAAUUUUAAUAUAUUCUAAAGCUUUUUCUACUAGUGAGUACCAUGACAGUUUGCUGUUUAAAUGUAAAGAUUUACUACAUAGAUAAGCAUCCUUAAGUAGUUUAAAUUCAUUUUGGUUUUCAAGCCUGUACCAAUAACAAAUGAUUGAUUUCAAAAUAUCAUGAUGUAGAGGAAAUCUCCCCAAUUCUGAUAGUACAGCAAAAUUUGUACUUUUCUUAUGUACACCCAGAAUACAUAUAUAGCCUAAGUCUUAGUAAAUGUAGAGAUCUGUUGUAAUUACGAGAUAAUUAUUUCGUAAAUUACGAGAUUUUUUCUUGCAUUUAUCUUGUAAUUACGAGCUAGUGGAAGUUUAAUAAAAAAAAUUAUAUUAUGAUACUAGGCCUAAUAGCCUUUCGUAUACAUCAUGUUUGGAGAAGGGAAGGGGGCACUAAGUUAGAAUAAUGACGUAGAAUGAGUAAUGUCACGUGGACAAAAGGCGAUAGCGAGGCUUGUGCAGAUUGGCCGCCAUUUUCUUGGGGUAGUGACCGAUUUCGUUGUUAAUUUUGAGGAAGAUUCAGUAAACUACUAAAAGAGGGAUUGUGACAUUUGUGAAAUAUAUAAACAAAAGACCUUAAGGACAGUUAUUUUAUCAUAGACAAUUGUGUGUUAAUAGUUUGAGUGUGAUGUCUGCAAGCAUUGAUCAGAGGACGAAAGGACAGCCAAAUCAAGUGGCAAAUGGAUCUGUUAAAGAAACCGUGAAAGACGAAGAAUUCGAACCCUAUUUGCAGCAGGCCCCUCACCAGGGAGGAUAUAAUACUGCCCCAAUGUCGAGUCCAGGCGUGUCAGACCCUUUUAUGCCAAGUUAUUACACUCAAGCCAUGCCCUUUACCCCAUACAUGAAUCAAGGAAUCGGUGAUGGAAGUGCUUGGUCAAAUGGUACGGAUGCUGCGACUAUGUUAUCUUUUGGAGGCUAUGACUAUAAUGGAAUUUUCGGAGGCUUUGGAUAUCCUCAGUUUGGAUGGCAGCCAGAUUAUUCUGGUGGCAAUGACUAUUGGAACACUGCAACUCAAGGAAGGCAAAAGGAUACGCGAGUUUAUGAGCAAGACUAUUAUCGGCCUGAAAAUAUGAUACCCUCUGAUCCGUACAUGAAUGGUGAAUUUGAUGGAAGAGACCCUUCAGGGAUGAACAGUGUUGAACAAGGGUUGAAAGGCAUGAAUAUUGCUGGGGACGGUCCUGUAGACCCCAAUAUGGUGAAUGAAUCUGGACAUUUGGAGCAAAAUGGAGGUAGUGUCUCAGCGCAGUCCAACGGUAGUAUGUCGGCACCAAAGAAAACUUCUUGGGCUGCUAUCGCCAGUCAGCCUGCAAGACCUCAGCCGAAACUUCAGCCUAGGCCAAUUCCUCGUGCCCCCAUGAAUCCUAAGAAUUUGGACAUUGGUACUUGGGAUCAGAGAAAUAACCCCGGAAACAAGCAGGGAGUGAAUGGAGGUAACCAGCAGAGAAAUUCAUGGUCAGCACCUAGAAGUAGAACAAUGAAUAACAACUAUUCUGGAAAUUCUAAUUCAAACCAAUCAUCAAACGCGUCUGGUAGUAGUGGGCAGGGAGCAGUCCAGGCAUCCGCUUCAGGAAGCUCUGCGUCAAACCACCCAGUACUGGAAAAACUACGCUCGGCUAACCAAUACAAUCCUCGUGAUUUUAACUUGAAUCCACGUGGGGCUCGUUUUUUCAUCAUCAAAAGCUACUCGGAAGAUGACAUUCACCGUUCGAUCAAGUACAGCAUUUGGUGUAGCACAGAUCACGGAAACAAGAGACUGGACCAGGCAUUUAAGGAGCGCGAUAGUAAAGGACCCAUUUACUUGUUCUUCAGUGUGAAUGGAUCUGGACACUUCUGUGGAAUGGCCCAAAUGAUGUGUAGUUUGGACUAUGGAAAACAAGCUGGCGUCUGGGCUCAGGACAAGUGGAGAGGCCAAUUUGAAGUGAAAUGGAUCUAUGUGAAGGACGUACCCAACUCCCAGUUGCGACACAUUCGUUUGGAGAACAAUGAAAACAAACCUGUGACCAAUUCAAGAGACACACAGGAAGUUCCCCCUGAGAAAGGAAAAUUAGUUCUCAAAAUCAUGCACACCUACCGCCACACCACGUCCAUCUUUGAUGACUUUGGACAUUAUGAAAAACGGCAAGAGGAAGAUGGUGUCGAUAAAACUGUUAGCGCAAAACCCUCAUCGGGAGGUCGAGAUAGGGAACAGUAAACCAACAUCACUUCUGAUGUUUGCUGUUCCAAACAAAGGAAAAGUGCAAAGAUUCUUGGAUUUAAUUAGAUUAGCUGAAAAAAGUUCUUAAUAAUUAAUCAUGCCAAUUAUAAUCAUUCACUGAUGUAUUCUACUGAUGAUGUCACUGUCACUUUGAAUGAAUUUUUUUCUUUUUCGAUUCCGGGAAUUCGGAUUUGAGAUUUUCUGGAUUUUCUGUUGAGCAACUUCAGGAGGUGGACUUCGGAGGCAGUAUCCUUUUCACGUGGAACAAAGUUCUCGGUGUGAAUGUGUGGAACCAGGGUUUUAGUGGGAGAGCAUCUUUGAAAUGAAAAGUGCACUCAGAUACAGCAUUUACUUGAAAUUGAAAAGAUUUUUGAAAAAAAAAGUGUGGGGAUAACCACUUGCACUUGUGUUACUAAUACUUGAAGCUCGUCAAGUAUGGUGCUCAACUUAUUUCAUGUUACUUGAGAAUGUGCAGCGGCAUGGUGAAAAAAAUUGUAUGUUUGCAAAAUGUUUUCCAAUUCAGUGAUGCAAUGCUCAGGGAUUUAAUGCCUCUGGAUUUAAACAGAAGAUGGACAUUUUAAUAGACAAGUCCCAAGAUGCAUUAUUUUAAUCCUUUUGUGGUGCAAACUCUGAUUAUCAAAGACAGACACCUAAAAUAUUAGACUUCCAUGGUUUUAUUUUCUAAGGAGUAAACACCAAAGUUGAAGAGGGAAAUAGUGAUUCUUCAUUAGAAAAUCAAAAACCUCUGUGACAGAAAUUUUUGUGUUUUUUUUUUUACCACUGGCAUUCCUGUGGAAGUGAUUCUGUGAAGGGGAAAAUGGAUGCUGUCAGCACUGUGUGCUCUGUAUUCCUACUUGUGUCAACAGGCUGUUUAAAAGUCCAGUUAAUCUCAAAGAAUUAAAGAAAAUAUUACUGUC